CACAGAGGGGAUUCGAUAUAAGUUGGAACACGUUUCGAAAACUUCCAACAUUUAAUUGUGGAUUAACCGAGUCGAGAGUGAUACGUCUUGAUCACUGCUUCGCGAAACGUACAUUCCAUCGAGGAACUACGCAAAUCUAAUUUGUUCGAGUAAACUUAAAGAAACUUAAACUUUAACAAAAUGAAAGUUACUCUGUGCGUGUUAGCUGCUAUCGUUGCAUUGGCCGUUGCUCAACCUCAACGGGAAGGAGCAUCCUACACAAAUGAAGCCAUCCGGCAGGCUCAAAACACUCAGCUGAUUCCCAAGGAUGCUCAAAUUCAACAAGUGCAGGAGGGCAUUGAGUUGGGUGCAUACGAACAGAUCCCCGGCAAUCAACGCGUUAACUUGUUCGAAAUUUUGGGUGACCAAGUUCCAUCAGAAGUAAUUAACAACCUACAACAACAAGUCGAUCAAAUCGGGCGCAAUUAAAGACGACCAGGAAAGUAGCUGACGGUUUCGUUUUUUGAAUCGUUUCGGUUGUUUCGAAAUGGAAAGUUUAAGUUGCUUAGUGUGUUUUGAUUCGAUUAUGAAUGAUUUCUACCUAAUUUGACCGGUUUCGAAUUUUUUCGUUGUUAUGCAAUUAACUCUGUUGAAAAAUUUCACUUUUGUUUCCUAAUAAAUUAAUGACCAUUUUUUUGUAGUUGCGCGGUAGGUUUGUUAUCAGUUCACAAAUCAAUCAGAUUCUCAGAUUUUAAGCCCUCAAACUUUCAUCUCUAAAGUAAAUUUCUUAUUUUAUGAUCAUAGUGGUCAAGAUCGCAUUAAUCUCGUCUACUGUACGAAAAAAAUAGUGAAAAUGGCAUAUGAAAACACGAAUUUUGAUUGUGUAUUCUUCCAGUAGAGUGCCAAAAAAAGACUCCACACUUAUUGUAUUAUGCUCAUCGUAAAAUACGAUUAGCAAAAUUAAAUUAUGAAAAAUAUUCCAAACUAUUAAAGAUAGAUUUUUAAAUAUA